AUGAGAAGGGGCGGAACUGAUAAACGGUUUUUAAGAAGAAGUUUUAAUAGGCCCUACUACUAUAAGAAAAGUGGGAAAGCCGAAGAAUGGAACAGUAAUAGUAGCAAAAAAAUAAAAAAUCUUAGUAAUAAUAGCAGUAAUAUUAAUAAUAAAGCAGAAGGAGAUGAAAUAGAUUUUGAUGAGGAAGAAGGAGAGGAAGAGGGAGAUCAAAUAAAUACAACUGAAAUAAAUGAACAUCCUUCUGAAAAUAUUAAAAAUACAAAAAGAAAUGAUACAUCGAGUAGUAAUAAUAAAAUAACAAAAAAAAAAAGUGUUACAAUUGAAAAAGAUACACAAACAAGUACAGCAGAAAAUAAUAAUAAUGUAAUUUGCCCUUUAUGUGUUGAACAACUUGAUGAGACGGAUCGAAAUUUUUUUCCAUGUGAUUGUGGAUAUCAAAUAUGUUUAUGGUGCUUGUAUUAUAUACGAGAUCAUAUGAGUAAUAAAUGUCCUGCAUGUAGAAGAAGCUAUGAUGAAAAAAAUUUUAUAUAUAAUAGAGAAACUCAUGAAAAAUUAAUGAAAAAAACAAAAAAUCAACAUAAAAAUAAAGGUGAAAAUAAUACCAAUACUGCCAGUAAUAACAACAACAAUAAUAGUAACAACAAUAGUGGUACGGGAACAUCAAGCACAUCAAUAUUUGCUAAGAAUGAUUUAUAUAAAAAUUCAAAUAUUUAUAAUAUACAUGAAUAUGAUAGCAUAUUAGAAGUAAUUAAAGAUAUAAGAGUAGUUCAAAGAAAUUUAGUUUUUGUUAUUGGAAUUACAGAAAAUUAUGCAAAAAAAAAUAUAUUAAAAAAAAAUGAACAUUUUGGAAAGUAUGGACAAAUAUCAAAUAUAAUUAUUAACAAGUCUCAAGCAUUUAAUCCACAAUAUAAUGGUCCAUCAUUUAGUGCAUAUAUAACAUAUAGUAAUGAAAAAGAAGCUAUUAAUGCUAUUUAUUUUAUUGAUGGUAUGACAUUAGAUAAUAAAACAUUAAAAGCUUCAUUUGGAACAACAAAAUAUUGUUCCUCCUUUUUAAAAAAUUAUUCGUGUGUAAAUGAAGAUUGUUUUUAUUUACAUGAACUUGGUAAUGUAAUUGAUAGUUUUUCUAAAGACGAUAUACAUGGUCCUAAACAUAUAUAUCAUGAUUUAUUAUAUCAUUAUUUUAAAAAAUUACCAGAUGGUAAUAAAAAGGGUGAUAAUCUUACUGCUGUAAGUUUAUUAAGUAAUACAACAAAAGGGGGCAAAUUACCUGAACAGCAAGAAGAAAAUAAAAAUAUUAAUGCACCGAUACAAAAUGUGGCUAGCUCGACACCUAUUAAUUAUAUCACUGCUGUAAAUCCAGAUAUAAUGGGAAAAAAUGAUACUAGUGAUGUAGCAAAAAAUAAUAAACUAAUUACAUCUCAUACUGAAACUGAAUUAAAAACUAAAAAUCUAGAAAACUCUAAAGAAUUAGUUAAUAAACAUAACGAAGAUUUAAAAAAUAAUUUGAAAUUAAAACAAACAAAUGAAAGUAACAAUGCUGAAGAAAAACAUCGAACAAAAUGGAACACAGAGGAAAAUCUUUCAAAUGUAAUUAAAAACAUGAAAGAUAACCUUACACAAAAUAUUGAAGAAGAUAAAACACCCAAUUUAAUAUCAAAAACUAAUAAAAAAAAUAAAAAAACAAAGAGCGAAGAUGUUUUAACUAGCUAUUUAGAUAAAAGUGAUAAAAAAAAUAACAUUGAAAUUUCUAAUGAUGGUGAUAAUAACAAAGUAGGGGGACAAUGGAAAGAGAAAAAUUAUUUAAAUUCUCUUCAUAGUACUCUAACUUUGGACGAUAGUAAUAAAAAUGCUCAAAAAAAUGCUAGUGAAGAAGAUGAUCCGUAUUACCGUGAUGACAUGUCCGAAAAUUAUCCUCUUAUAGAAGAAAGUGCAACUAAAAAAGUAGAACAAGAAGCCGAUGUAAAUGAAAAAGAAUCUAAAAAAAAGAAAAAAAAAGGAACAAGUACUAUACCAGAACCUGAGACUAAACCAGGUGGUAAUAAUAAAAUUGUUUCUAACUCUAUUCCUAAUACAAUUCCAAAUGAAACUAUAGAUAAUCAAAAUCGUGAAUCCUCCAAAAAAAUGACGGAAAUAAAGAAUGAUGAAAAUGUUGAAAAAAUAGAAGGAAGUGAAAAGAAACAAGAAGAGGAGAAAAAAAAAAGUACAAAAAGUUCCUUUAAAAUAGGAAAUAUAUUUAAUGUUUUUUUUGAUAAAAGUAAAAAAGAUGGAUCUAAAAAAAAGAACGAUAAAAAAGGUACAACUACAAUUGAAAACCAAGAUAAAACAAAUUCUAUAAAUACUGAAAUAAAUAAAAAAACAACUUCUCCCAUUGAAUUAAAUGAAAAUAAUAUUCCAAGCAAUAAGAAAGUGGAGGAACAAACUUUAAAAGAGGAUGUAAAAAAAGAUAAAAAUGUAAAUGAAAUAGAUAAAGUAACAAAGGAGGUUGAACAUAAUAUUGAUGGUAAAACUGGUAAACAAAGUAAAAAAAAACAAGAUGACGCAAAAAAUAAAUUAAAUAAAAAAAAAGAUACACAAAAAGAAAUAAAUGAAAGUAAAGAAGAUUUGUCAAAAAAAACAAAACAAAAUAAAGAUAAUACAGAAGUUUUAGAAAUAGGUAUAGAAAUUGGUAACCAAAAAAAUAAAGAUGCGUUUGAAAAAAGAGAAGAUGAAUUAUAUGAAGGAAAAAAUGAUAAAGAUAAGAAAACAAAAAAUGUAAAUAAUAAAAAGAACAAUGAUAAUAUUAUAGCUGAACAAAUUAUGCAUAUGGAAGAAAUUAUAAAAAUGAAAAAUAAAAAUCCGAAAAUGGAAUAUAAACAAAUAGUUGUAGAAUAUUUUAAAAAUAUUUAUAAAGGUAAGGGAGAAAAAGAAAAGAAACAAAAUAUUAAUAUAAAUAAAUUUUGUAAUGCUAUUAAUUAUUAUAUCACUGAAAAUAAACUACCUGAUAUAUUAAAAGGAAUAGAUAAAGAUAUAAUACAUACAACUGAUAAUGAUAAUUUAGCUAGUAGCGUAAAUGUAAGUAGCAAUGAUCUUGUUAGUGUGCAUCCGGAAAAUAAAGAUCCAAAUAAUUGUGCCACGACUUUACAAUCUAAUAUAGAAUUACCUAAUAAUGUAGAUAAAGAAAAUGUAGACAAAAUUGACGAUGAAAAAAUAGAGAAAAAAACAGAAACGGAAGGUGAUAAAGUAGUAAAGAAGAAAAAAACAAGUAAAAAAAAUAUUUUACAAAAAGAAAUAGAAGAUGAUAUUAUGGAUAUUAUAAAAGAUAUAAUGAUCCAUAGAUUACAAAUGAAAGGUAAAAGUAGUAGCAUAAGCAAUGUUACUACUGCCACUGCUGCUAAUAAUAAUAAAAAUAAAAAAAAAAAUAAAAAAAAAAUAAAAAAUGAUGAAAAAGCUAUGAUUGAGCAAAUGAAUUUAUUCAAUGAAUUUUAUGAAGAUAAUGUACUUUUUAAUGAUUUAAAAGUUUUUGUAAAAGAUUUAUGUAUUACUAAAAAUAAAGCUAUGAAAAAUGAUGGUAUGGAUGAUGAUAUUAUUUAUUUAAUAGAAGGAGAAGAAAAAUGGAAAAACAAAACAAAGGACAAAACAUACAACGAUUAUUUAUUAUAUGGAAAUGAUGAUAAUCUUUCUUUGAAACCUUACAAAGGAGUAAUGGAAUAUAUUUUUAAAAAAGAAACAAACAUAACAACAAGUAAUAAUGAUUAUUCAAAAUUUUCCGAAGAUAUUACACAUACAAAUAAUAAUGAAUACAAUACAGAUGAUAUGUUUGAUAUAUAUAAAGAAUUAAUUCUUUCAAAAAACACAAAUUUACACACAGCUAAUGAUAUAAUAUUUGAUAAAAUGUUUAAUGAAGAAAUUAAUUUAAUACAACAAUUAUGUAAAGGAGAUUAUUAUAGCCAAAACCAAGGAGAUAAAAUAGCUAGCUCAAAUAAAAAAGGAGAUAAUAGUUAUAUAUACAAACUAAAUAAUUAUGAAAAACAAUCAAAAAACUCGCCAUUAAAUUAUUCCCCUAAUCUUUGGGUAAAUUUUAAUAAAUCAUUUUAUACUAAUGAAAUGAAUGAGAAAGUUAAUUUGAGCGCAUAG